AUGUCAACCCCGUCAGCCUCUCCAUGCGCCGGUCACGCGACACCAAUGGACCGAAAACUCAAGACGAUGACGCACCGGCGAGUCUAUGGCAAACGAAGGGCCGAUGCACCCCGAGCGGUAUUUGACCAAAGAAGUCCGGUAAAGGAGACUGGAGAGUCCAAGAAGUCCCAGGAUGUCGACCCCGUGGGCAGCCUGCAGACCAAGUUGGCCGAAGUGACGAUCCAUGACGAGCCGACGCCUCAGCAACAAGAACCCGAGCUCCCUGCAUCCCCAAAACCGCAAGUCGAGGAUUCACGAUCAUUUAAUAAGCAGCAAAACUCGGCCAUUUCCCAGAAAUCGCCGGAUACCCCGACUCAGCAGCCCACUCCGAAACCCACCCCGAAACCCACGCCAGAGGAACCAAAGCAAUAUGCAACCAUGGUCGAAGUGAGGAUAUACUCUGGCAAAACAAAAGCGGCAACUCCGGGGCUUCAAGAAAAAGAGGAAGUCCCCUCGACGGAAAAGAGAAGAGUGGCGCGGCAGAAAACCCCCGUCCCCAGAAGAUCCUCUGGCUUUGUCCACGACACCAAGGCCAAUGCUUAUGUGCGACCCAUUCUCAACGAGGCCUUUUCCCCUAUCGCGGCACAAAACAUUCAGAGGUUCGGGACGUGGGCGUCGCGGUCCGCGAAUAUGUUCAACGUGGCGAAAUUGGCCGAGGGUUCGUACGGCGAGGUCUACAAACUCCAUUUGCGCGAAGAGGCCUGUCGAGGAGUAGUUUCCAAAUCCAAGAUGGCUAAGCUGAGAAAAUACGGGGACGGCGUCUUCAAAGUGGUGCCGUUGCGAGCUCAAAGAGGGGCCGGAUCCAAAAAGUUCACCAGCAUCGAGGAAAUUGUCUCGGAAGUCAAGAUGCUCAAAUACUUGGACCCCAUCCCUGGAUUUGCGCGGUUCCGGGAGAUCCAUGUGGUUCAAGGACGUUUUCCGGACUCGUUUCAGGGUGCUUGGGACUAUUAUAAGAAGACCAAGGAUGACUGCGUGAACCCCAACCCAUCCAGCAAAAAGGCGUACCCGGAUUCGCAGCUCUGGGCGAUUGUGGAGAUGGAUGACGCGGGUUGUGAGCUGGAGAAGUUCUAUUGGUCGUCUGUUUUCCAGAUCUACGAUAUUUUCUGGGGCGUCGCCAUGGCGCUGGCACGGGCGGAAGAGUACGCUCUGUUCGAGCAUCGAGAUCUUCACUUGGGAAACGUUUGUAUUCGAUCCACUCGAGCCGACGGUUGCAUGGAUCCUCCGACGGACCUUGAGGUCGCGCGCCACCCAUCCUCGAGUGGCUUCGGAAUCAGCACUCUCGAGACAACCAUCAUCGACUACUCACUCUCUCGCGCGGACCUGCAACUGGCAGACGGACCCGAUUGUAUUAUUGAGAAUGCAUCGUCUGAUUUGGACAAGAAGCAGAUUUUCGAUGCCAUCGGUCAGGAUGAGGACGAGGUUCUGUUGCGAAACACCUAUCGACACAUGCGCGCAAGUCUCUACACGGGCAACCCGGCAGACACCGAGAAAGUCCCCGAUAUCCCCGGCAUCUGGGCCGAGUAUGCGCCCCAAACCAAUCUGGUGUGGCUGCUAUUUCUGCUCAAGAAUCUUCUCAAGAACCGCAAGCCGGAGGUCCUUCAGUCCCCUGUCCAGCCACAGCGAAAACCUCUUGCGCCCUGCUCGCCAAACCGGUUGGCCAUGGCGAAGAAAUCUGCGAAACACCAGGCAUCGAAGCCAGAAACCGGUGAUAAGUCCGGCUCGAUGAUCAAAGAACUGCAGACCAAAGACAUGCAGGUAAGAUCUUUGGCUCUCAAACAAACACUCGAAGAUAGAUUGCAAGCUGUUCUUGGGCUUCUGGAUAUCGAGAACGGGCAUGAGGACAUGUGCUGUGCUGCUGACUUGGUGGCCUAUGCGAUGGAUUCAGAGUGGCUGGACGAGAGGGACUUCUUUUAA